AUGGGCAAUGCGCCGUUGGCCAAGAUGCUCGAGAUCAGGCUCUCGCUGCCCAGCCUGCCGCCCGCACAGACGACACGUUUGGUUCCAGAGGUCCGCGCAGGUGAUGACACGUUGCACCCGAAAUGGGGUGAGACUUUCACACUGAGACUUUCAGAGGAAUCAGCAGAUGUGUGCGUCUCCAUUUGUUCCAUUUUGGAAGGCUCUAAGUCUGAGCUUGGGCAAGUAAGACUUCCACUUUCAGUUUCACACUUGGAGUCUUUGGGCAUGCAGCCCGGUGGCGCUUCCCACACGAUACGCAUGGCAGUCACUGGCACCUGGGUGCUGGCAGUGGAGCUGCGGAUGCUGAAUGACUCUUUAGAGUCGCAAGGGCCCAGCCCAAGCUUCCAGUUCCAGCUGCCCUUGGCCCGACGCCAAGCCAUUUCUUUGGAGCUCCAAAACGCUGAACUUCAGAAGCUGGCGAGGGCGAGAGGUGGAGGCUGUCCAGCAGCACCUAUGAAGCACCACAUGCUUCUCGACCGAGCUCGCGCUGCAAACGCGGAUCUGCUGGAGCAGAAGUUAAGCUUCGAGAAAAAGCUGGAGCGUCUGCGCAAUGCAGCAUCCCUGCAUCCGCAGCCCAGCCCGAACAGAGGAGCUGAGGACUCGGAGAAAAUCCGGUCAGGCCUGCAACAGGAGCUCCACACGGCCCUCACUAGGCAGCGAGCCUUAUGUGAGGCCAACGAGGCGAAACUCAACGACAUGGAGAUACAGCUUCAGCAGGUCAAAGAGCAGCAAAGCCUUCGUGCGCUCCCGGAGGCUGAAGCGCAGGCUCUAAUGGCCAUUGCAACAGGUCGACGAGAAGAGCUGCGACGGAUGUGCAGAGAGUCUGAAGACAUCAAUGCUGCCCUCGCAGCGCCUGAAGCUUCAAAGCGAGGCAUCGAGAUGAGCGCAGACAUCAGCGCGCUGCAGAGGCAACAUAGAGGCCAGCAAGCUGAGCUGGAGAGACUGCGGAAUGAACUGGCCAUGAUCUCACAGAGCAGCAACUAUCAGGGAUGGCAGCAGCAUGAGGAGAUGACCCAGCAAGUGCAUUUCUUAACAGAAGAGCUAGAGCAAAUGCGGCAAGGUCACCAGGAUGAUUGCGUUUGCAGCGAGAGCGAGAUUGUCGAGCUGAAGCGCCAGCGUUCCAACACCAAGGAUCGAUUAGAUGAUUUGGUUUCAGACAUGAAGAAAUUGGAAGCACGUGCCGAAAUGCUGAGGACUCAGAGUCCUCAGGCAAUUGUGUCAGAACAGGAAACUAGUAUGCACCGCGAAUGUUGCAGGACAGCUGAGGCUGAACUACAUGAGUUGCGUCGCACUGAAGAGGUGCGCCAGAGACAAAUCCAUGCUAUGGAGCAGGAACAAGAGAAGCUGGUGGAGCAGACCACACUGGCUACAGCCAAAGUAGUUUCCACGGGUGAGGAUGCGCAGCAGGAAGCCAAAGCCAAAGUUGCUGAGCUAGAGCAAGCUCUCCGCCAUUUGUUAACUUCUAUCAAAGAAAAGCAGGAUGCGGCGAUACAGAUGCGGCAGCACACGCAGCAGGUUCGGAAGAGAAUUGAGACACUGCAACAUACCUUCUCGGAACUUCAACGAAGCUUGGACGAGCGAGUGCUCCGGGACCCGCAGCCGCUAAAAGUGGCAAUAGCUUCCUGA